GAUGUGAUGAAAUAAGACAAAAAACGAGGCGUAAGUAUUUUAUAUUGUGUUCUUGAGGACGUUGACCUUUGACCGAACCAGCAUGGCGGAUCCCGCGAAAUCUGAGCUCGAGGGCGUUGCCAUGGAGACAGAAGGUGAGGAGGUAGUGGAUGUGGAGUCUGAUGUGGAGGUGACGUGUUACUGUGGGAAAGGUCGGGACGGACUCAUGUACUUCUGUGAUGGCUGCAAACAGUGGUACCACUCAGGUUGUCUGAAGACAAACCGUCCCAGUUGUUUGGAGGGAGACAACUUCUUCAGGUUCACCUGUGCCAGGUGUGACGAGAAGGGACAGGAGGGGUUUGAGAGGGUCCGCCUCACAUGGCAGCAGGUUGUCGUCCUGACCAUGUACAACCUGCAGCUGGCAGGGAGAGGGAAGAAGGGGUACUUCCGCUGGAAGGAGGAUAUCUGCUCCUUCAUCGAGAAGAACUGGACUCUUCUCCUUGGAGACAGGAAGAAGACCUCGACGUGGUGGAGUACCGUUGCCGGGGUGUUGUCCGUAGGUAACCACCAGGUGUUCCGCUCAGGAGCGCGGGAGUUUAACGAGCCGGCGUGGUGGGGCCUGAUCGAGAACAAGCCUCCCGUCUACUGGCCUGAAAACUCAGGUGAGGCCCCGCCCAAGCAGGUGUUCAAGCGGCCGCGGAGAGACAUGUUUGAGCCGACUAUCCGAGUGGAGGGACUGAGGUGUCGCAAAAAACAGAUGUCCAUCCAGUCAGCCAUGGAGAUCAAGGAGAAGAGGUCCAGAACACUGGAAGCAAAGGACAUCAGGAAAGCCAAGAAAGGGACAUCAGUGUCACCUCAGGCUGGUUCUACCUCAUCAGACACAUCACCAAACGUGUCUCGUGAAGACCUGGCCACGCCCACCCCAACACCAUCAGAUGACCUCGUGUCAGAGUUCUCAGAGACAGAGAUGUUUGCAGGUCUGGACUCCCGUUCUGCCUGUAGUACACCACUGAGUGGCUUCCUGACAGAGAGAGACCUCAGACCAGAUGAAACCCUUCCUGAAGCAAUACUCAGUGAUGAUGCAGACUUGGAACUUGACCCUGGCAUUGAGCUCCCCCCCUCCAACCUCUUCAGCUCCCCCACCCCCCCUCCUGCAACCCCCCUGGAAGGGGAGGGGGGCAAAGAUGCAAAGAAGACAUCUACAGAGGAAAGUGAAGAAGGGGAGAGUGAGGGAGAGGAAGAACAGAAAGUAAAGGAGGAAGUGAUAGAGAAAGAAGAGGAAGUUGAAGAUGAAAAAAGUGGAGUAAAGAAGAGAAAAGAGGAAGAUGAGGAGGAAAAGGAGGAACCUAAAAAACCAAGGUACGUAGCCAUGAGCCUGUACGAGGAGAGACAGCUGCUGCGGCACCUGAAUGCGCACCUGUCAGCAGUGGACAACAUUCCUCAGGCACGCCGGCUGCGCAGGAAGCUGCUGGUCAGACAGAUGAAGCGCGAGAGAGGCCUGCCCCUGUUCGACAUCGAUGCUGCGGUGGCAGCGAGCAUCCAAGAGGCCACGGGGACGACAAACACGACAGACGGCGCCUGGCCGGAGCCCUUCAGUCCCUCCAGACUACAGGGCCUGGUGUCCAGGUCGUCUGGGGACUUCCGUAUCCUGGACAGGUUCCAGAGCAGGGCCCACACAGUGAAGGCACAGGGUCAGCAGCCCAGGACGUUCCUGAACAGACUGGUGGGGACAGACGAUCAGAUGGCAAUGCAGAGUAUCAUCAGUCCUUAUACUGCCAGAGUGCUGAAACCUUACAUCAGGAGAGACUAUGAGAGCAGACCGCUCAAACUGCGACUGCUGCUGGAAAUACAGGCUUAUCGACACAGGAAGGACCCUACAUGGGCCGCCCCCCCUCCUGCCCCUAUAGACUACUGCUAUGUCCGUCCUCAGCACAUUCCAACAGUCAACGCUCUGUGCAGACAGUUCUUCUGGCCAGGCAUUGACUUGUCAGAAUGCCUGCAGUACCCAGACUUUAGUGUGGUGGUGCUGUACAAGAAGGUUGUGAUUGGCUUCUCCUUCCUGGUUCCUGAUGUGAAAAUCAACGAGGCGUACGUGUCGUUUGUUCUGGUCCACCCGGAGUGGAGACAGGCGGGAAUCGGAACCUUCAUGAUGUACCAUCUCAUACAGACCUGUAUGGGGAAGGAUGUUACCCUGCACGUGUCGGCCACCAACCCCGCCAUGAUGCUGUACCAGAAGUUUGGCUUCAAGGUCGAGGAGUUCGUCCUGGACUUCUACGACAAGUACUACCCCGAGGACAGCACCGAGUGCAAGCACGCCUUCUUCCUCAGGCUGAGGAGAUGAGACCCAAGGAGACGUGGGGGUUCUUGGGAAGUUUCUUAUGAUUUGGAACACAUUUCCUGCCUGCCUCAACAACUUUCAACUUCUGGGAACAAAAAAAGAAAACUUGGACUCUGAAGGGGUCUUUUUUCGUAUAAGGCCCAAGAAGCUGUGGGUUUCUUAAGAAGUUCCUUAUGAUUCCGAACACAUUUUCUGCCUCUGUAAACAAUAUUCAACUUCAGGGAAGAAAUAAAAGAACAUUUGGCACUCUGAGGUCUUUUUUUCUUAUUAGGCCUAAACCCUAGGAAGCUGUGGGUUUCUUGAAAAGUUCCUUAUGGUUCCACAUGUACUGCCUUUGUCAACAACAUUCAACUUCAGGGAACAAAAAAGAACACUUUGCGGAGGGUUUUUUUCUUAUUCUGUUCUUACAAUUCACAAUCAGAAUAUAGUUUGAAGAAUAAUAGGUGAGAGGAGGCCUUUAUUGUACUUUUUUGCCCCAUAGAGCAAAGUACUGGACGUUCAAUUGACUAGUACAGGUACAGAAAUCCCUAGCCUUAUACACAUACACAAUACACAUGUAUAAUACGUUGCUCUGGGGUACCUGUGAUUGAAAAAUGUUCCUGACUGGCUGUCUUCUGCGAAAGCCUUUUUUAGCCUCUUCCUCUCUUCUUUCAUGUCCUCUGGAUUCCACUCUAUCUCCAGCUUCUUCAUCAGAAGAUGCAGCGUCUCUUGUUUGUCCCUCACCAAGGCUGUGUAGUUGACCAUGGCGCGGAAGAAGUGCUCUGGAUACUUCCUCCGUAACUCCACAGCUCACUGCAUGCCGCUAAGCCAUCGUGCUACCACGUGGUGGUAAUAAGAGCCGUGAUAACGAACUGUGGAGAAUUUCGGAUCGUCUGCACAAUCUUUUAAGCCAUACGGAACCCCG